CUGAGGGGAAAAAAAAAGUUUCAAAAUGAAGUAAGAAUUUAUCAUUCAUGGAAUUUCACUUAUUUUUGGUAUUGUAUUAAUAUUAUUUUUUUUUGAUGGUUUGCAGAAAUGAAAUAAAAAGAUUUUCAAAUCACUGUCAUGCUUGCUUGCACAUUAUUACUUUAAGAACUUUCAAACAAGCAUCAGCUUGACAACAAUCCUGAGAUCUCCAGCAGCGGUGGGCUGUUUUACAGCACAAACACCGACACAUCUGCAGACCAAACCUCCAGAAAACACCACCUAGUUGACAGUUUCAGUCGCUGGAUAUUAAACUCUAACGUAAACUAUGAGUUAUAUAUAACGCCUUUCUCUGAAAGACGUCAACGCGGAGCCAGACUCAGAGAACUGAGAUUUUUUUUUUCGCUCGUCAUGACUCGUUUGGAGUGAGACUGUUGGACUUUAGUUUAUUGGUAAAGACAAUGAAUUCCUGUUUGUGUUUAACUUUAAUCCUCAUUAAAUCCUGUCUGGUUUUGUCGUCGGACCCAUUACAUUUUCCAUAUGCAGACAUGAGAGAUGUCCAGGCUCAUCCAGCUGAAAGAGAGACAGUGAGUGGAUCAAACAUGUCUAACUAUUCAACAUUACCUCCCAAAUCUGAACCAAUCACCCCAACUAAACCAUCUGUGAACACUGAGCUCUUCACAACAAAGAGCAAACAUCUGAUUUCUGCAUCUACAUGCGUUCCUCCUAGUAUCCCGACAGCAGGUCCUCGGUUCCAUGCGGGUAGUUUCAUUGGCGGUAUGAUGCUGGCCUUUAUCAUCAUUCUAGCCGUCACUCUGGGCUACAGGUUGGCCUGCUCUCAACGGGAGGUGCGUUACAGAGCCAUUGAGGAACAUGAUGCCAUCAUUUAAAAUGGAGCCGCUGAGGAAAUACAGACCAAAACACAUCAUGAUCUGAAGAGAAAGUUUUUACCUUAACAUGGUUAAUAUGCAUAUGAAACCGUGUAUGAUGUGUUUGAUACCUUUAUUUGAAUCUUAAAUAGGUUGACCUCUUUUAGCAGCUGUUUUAGCAGUUUUUACAUUUUAUUAAUGAAUAUUUGAACUCAAAUGUAUUUUCAGUGAUUUUUCUUGUACUUACUAUCUAUACUAGUGUGUAAAAUAUGAACCUGUAAAAGUCUUUAUGAGAGAAACUAUUUUGACUAUCUUUUCAGUGUUCAGGGACAUUUUUUUUUAAACUUUAUGUCAUUUUAGAAUAAAAGUUGGUUUUCCUAUAGUAUAUUUGAAAUGUAUUGAUAGUUUCAUGUACAGUAGUGAAAAUGAUCCAAUAAAGUGGUUUAGUCUAA